UGUUCCUUUAAAAAUCCGAAUGCAGCUGGUAACUCAUAAACAGAAUGGGUCCCUUUAAAUCGUGCGUAGAGUGGAGCAGGUGGGUGUUCCCCUGCGCAACACAGCGCUGCUGGAACCGAGCGCAGUCACUUUUUACGGAAAUUUGCGGCUUGUCCUCGACGCUUUAGCGAAAUGCUGCAGCUGAAUGACAGCGUAGACCCCGAGAGCCCGGGUGCGGCUGUUUUACACCCGGCGGACUGUGAUGAUGGGCUGGAGGUGGUGGCCCGAGCUGGAGCUUCGGUGGCCUGCUGCACCCCGCUACAGACCCUCACGCCUUUCCAUGUCCACAACCCAACCAUGCGAGCCAAAGUCAAGGAUUAUUUCGUCUUCAGGCCAGGAACCAUAGAGCAGGCAGUCAAUGAUAUCCGCACGGUUGCCUUGCCUUCAGAAGACGGAGAGGUUCUUAGCGUGUGGCUGCUAGCUGAAAUCGAUCACUGGAACAAUGAAAAAGAGAGACUGGUUCUUAUAACUGAGAGGUCUUUGUUGGUGUGCAAAUAUGACUUCAUAAACCUCCAGUGUCAGCAGGUCAUAAGAAUUUCCCUGAACGCUGUGGACACGAUCUCGGUCGGCGAGUUUGAGUUUCCCCCAAAAUCCCUCAACAAGAGAGAGGGAACCGGUAUCCGUGUCCAGUGGGAUAAGCGACCAAGACCUUCGUUCAUAAACCGCUGGAACCCCUGGUCCACUGACGUACCCUACGCCACCUUCACCAAACACCCCAUGGCACACGCCGAUGAAAAGGUGGCCUCCCUCUGCCAGCUUGAGAAUUUCAAGACGCAGCUCGUCCAGGCUGUGAAAAAAGCCCAUAAAGACUUCCCCAUCCCAGGACGAGCCAAUGGCGUGCUGAUACUGGAGCGGCCGCUCCUGAUCGAGACCUACCUGGGCAUCAUGUCCUUCAUCAACAAUGAAGCCAAACUGGGCUACGCCAUGACAAGGGGAAAAAUCGGCUUUUAACUCCUGAAUUCUCCCUCCAUUUCUCUCAUCCUCCAGUCAAGUGCUGUUUUUGAGUGAUACUGCUACACUUGAGUAUGUGAGUCCAGUACAUACUGCUUGUUUUGUUGUUUGGAUGUAUAUAGCGUGUGAAAUGUGCCAGGCAGUGAGACGUGUGGUCACUGCAGCAGGAUGUGCCUGGAUGAAGCCCUCUUCCUCUAUUCACAUGUGGUAAAAAAAAAAGCCUUUCUAAUGUGUUCGAAUGGUUUGGAGAUGCAGUGUGUGUGUUACUGGCAACGAUUUGACCAUUGAUCACUAUCCCUAUUAAGUCCCUACAAAUAGCGUCCCCUGCCAGAAGUGCCCUUUAAGGGCGCAAAAAAGCCAUUUGGAAUUCGCAAAAAAGCUCACAAUGCUUGCCCCGCCUCCAGGGUCUUCUGAUUGGUCCAUUGUUUUGGAACUGACAUUGAUGAGCGGCACUGUGUGUAAAAGUUUAAAUUCUUUUAACUUGACACAGCAUCUUAAAAACGCGGCCCUCGUGUGCGACAUGCCGCAAAAGAUAUUGCAUAUUUUGCAUUCUGAACAUUUACUUUGACAUAUUGGACUUCGGUCAAAAUCGCGAUGAAAAUCAGUCCAGGCAAGCAUUUCCCAAAAGCAUCGUGAGCUAAGUUGAUCAUAGAGACCGCUGGUGCCAAUGGUUCUACGAUCUACUUAGGCUUACGAUGCUUUUGGGAAAUGCAGCACGGAUCUUUUCAUCUGUAUUUUGAUGUAGUGUAAAUUCGUUAAUCCGAGUGUAAUGGAUUAACGAAAAA